AUGGGCAUCGGGAUGCACAGGACCUUUUUGGCUCAACAGAUAGCUGUCUCACGACGUGUCAAGAGGUCUUUAAAAAAAUCCUCUUCUCUCAUGAUGCCCGAUGAAAGGCCUCAAGAGGCACUGCCAUGGGAUGGCGGUGUGCAGGCCAGCACCGACCUGAAGGACUACUGGUAUGUUGUGUCUACCACGGCUGAGCUUUCCGCUGAUCGGCCUCACAGUGUACGUCUGCUGGGGGAGCCCCUGGCUUUGUUUCGUGAUGCUGGUGGGGUUGCACGGGCUUUCUCAGACAGAUGCCCGCACAAGAGUGUGAAACUCUCAGACGGUAGAUUGAAGAACGGUACUUUGGAAUGCUUCUACCACGGUUGGCGCUUCGACAGUGAGUCUGGAGCGAUUGCGCACGUCCCUUCUCUGCCCCAGGACUGUGCACUCCCAAAGCAGUGUGUAAAGACCUUUCCUUGUGUGGAGAAAGAUGAGUUGAUCUGGGUUUACCCUGGCAACCUAGCAGAUGCAGAUCCAGCGAAAAUUCCAACAAAGCCGGUCAAGACGGACUACAGGCAAAGGGGAUAUUGGCGAGUGGAGACAAUGAUCGAUCUUCCAUGCGACCACUCUUUCUUCGUGGAGAAUUUGAUGGACAUGGCCCAUACCCCUUGGGCCCAUGAUGGUGUUUUCAACAUGCGCAGCGACGCCAUGCCCUUGGUCCCGAAGUGGUACAUGACCCCCACUGGGAUGUAUGGCUUCCUCGAGGAGUACCGAACUCAUGGCCAGCUAAAAACUCUGUCCUUCGAGUGGCUCGCGCCCUGCAACAACGAGAUUUCCGUCCGCAAGAAAGGUGAGAGCUGGCACGCGCACCUUUUCUUCUACAACACGCCCACGGCACCAGGGCAGAUGAGGCACACAUUCGUCGUGUACAGGAACGUCGACCGCUUUCUUCAGUACAUCCCGAAGUGUUUGCAACCUCCGUUUGAGUUGUUUAUCAUCCACGGCGACACGGUUGCGAUGCUCUCGCAGGCCAGGAACAUGAGGGAAGGCUGUCCGCACAUUACGGUAGCGACUCCGAGCGACGAGAUGGCCAUAAAGUACCGCAAGUGGUACUCGAAGGCUUUUGUAGAAAAGGCCCCAUGGUGGAGGGGCUGGGAUGGAAAGCUGGACAUUGAAGAUCUGGCAACAUCUGCCAUGGAAACAUGUUUACCUCAAUUCGGCCGCGGCGUCUAUGAAAGGGCAGCCGCCAGCACGAACUCCAGCACCAACGCGGAGCACAUUGUGACCAUGUGGAAGGUCCAGCGCCGCCAUCGGAAGCCUCUCGGCUUCGAGCAGCCCUCCUCCCUGCCCUUGGCCAUGGUCCUCGGCCUCGCCGGUCUCGGUCUCGGCAUCGGUCUUUCUGCUGGCUUUCUGGCUGCAAAGCGGCACCCAUGA